GUUUAUCGCAGCGCAGCGUCCCCGUCGUUGUGUUGUUGACAUUGAAAAUCUGUUUUUUUUUCUGCAAUAUGAGGAUAAUUUAGAGGGACCAAGAUGUCUGAAUCUGUAAUACUUACUGAUGCUGAAAUCAGUGCUUUAGAGAGCAGUACAUCACCAGCUCACAGUCCUCAACAUUUUGAAGAGACUGAUACUAUUGUGUUCAACAACUGUAAAACAGGACUAGGGAUCAAAAUUGUUGGCGGUAAUAGUGAGGAUGUUGCAGAGAAUGACUUUGGGAUAUUUGUGAAGAGGGUGAUCCCUGGUGGGUUAGCUUCAGAGAGUGGACGUCUUCAUGAAGGGGAUCAGAUCAAGAGUGUCAACAAUGAAAGUUUGAAUAUGGUUUCAAAUGAAAGGGCUGUGCAGUUGCUCCGUAGUGCUUCAGCAUCAAACCAUGUGACACUUGUUAUAUCGAGAGGUCCACAAACAUUGAGGAGAUUCAAGCGAUUACUAGAGAAUAAUCAAUUAGCUCGACGUUUAUCUGGACUCGGUUCGGGUUCAGCUACUAGUUAUACAUCAUCUAGAUCUCAUAGAAUAGCAUAUCCAGGUUUAUCAUCUCAGGGCUCCUCACCGACAUCAAGUGUGGAAUCAUUCUCAUCUGCCGACCAGUCAGACAAUGAUGGCAGAAGGAGAGGUGUUCUCCACAUCAUAGUGAGCAAGGUGUCUGGUCUUGGUCUUCACCUGUACGGAGGUAGUGAUAAUCAAGAAGGACCAGGAAUCUUUAUAGACAGAGUUAUGGAAGGAGGGGAUUGCUAUAGGGAUGGACGAGUAAGGGUCCAGGACGAGUUGGUGGCCAUCAACGAUCAGCCAUUAGCGGGUAUGACCUUGAAAGAUGCCCAGGCUGUUGUUACAAGGAUCAGUAUGAGGUCUGAUCUGAAUUCAGUGAGUCUAUCCUACAUUCCAAGUAUCCGAACACCCGUCAACAAAGACCGCGACCACACCCCUAGCUCACACCCAUCGGGCAUCAGUCACUCUCUCAGCUCCCCCUAUCAGUCCCCCCAUCCCCACUCUCACCAUUCAUCCCCACAACUCGAUGGUAUGCUCCAUGGUGAUGUCAUAGGUCAAAGGACACUUCCCCAUCUCCCCUCUCCCUCACACCACUCUCCACAUUCUAGUAAUGUCCCUCAUCCCCAUGUGCAAGGUCACACCCCCGUGCCUCAGUCGAACCUUCCACAGCAGGCUGUUAAUACCAGUCACCCACUGGAUUCUACCAUCACACCAAGAGGGGGGUUAACUGAGAGGAGGUCCCCGGCUGUAGGUCAGCCUGCUCCCUCAACUCUACUGGAGAUGAACCCGAGGUCACAGGGUAACCAAGGCCAGAUGAUUCCACCCUCCGCCCUCCCUCCUCACCUUCAACCUGGCACAUACAUGGAACCUAAGAUGACCUCCACACCAGAGGGAGUAACUACAAAUGGUGUCUCUGACAGGAGAUCGUCGGUGCCCCUACCCCCUGGGGGUGACCCCUCCCCAGUGCUCCCUCUGUACAACCUUAGCCACUAUACCAACCAACCAAUCAGCUUCUCUGCAUCCUCAUCCCCCGCCCAUAGUCCAGUGCCCCGCCCUGGCAGCAGACGGCUGUCCAUCGAUCCCCAGGUCAGACUGAAGAUUGAUAAACUUCAGGUGGCCCUGGAAUAUCUUGGGAUCCAUCCUAGUCCCAGUGAGAACCAGGAACUAAUGAGAAGACUGAGUAUAGACCAGAGUGGCAUGGUCCCUUAUGGAGAGUUUGUUGCUGUUGCUAAGCAACUGUUCAACAUGAAGCUUGACGAUAGUAAUGUAGGAUCAGGGUCGAUGAGUCAUGGUGGAUACGAUGUCACAGAUUUCUCUGCUCCUCCUCCGUUCCAACACAGAAAGCUACCCAGUCCCCCUCCUCCCGCACCACCCCCACCGGUGGUGGCUCCAGCUCCUGGUUAUUAUGCAGAGAUGGAGAACCUUCGGAAGCAGAGAGAUGACGCCAUAGAAGAGGCAGAGAAACUGCAGCUUCUUGUGCUGGAGAAGGAAAGAUCAUUUUCUGCUGUGGAGGAGGAGCUUCAAAGAAUAAGAAAGCAUGCACAGAGUGCUAUCCAUGAGAGCAAAGCCUUGAAAUCAAGGGUUCACCUGGCAGAGGUGGCCCAACAGGAAGCACGGAAUAUGGAGCUCGAUUAUGAGGAGGUCGUUGUCAUGCUGGAGGAUGAACUCAACAAGCUCAGGUCAAAGGUCAAGAAAAUGCCCAGAAAUACGCCACCAGAACCAGUGCCUGAUGGACCCAGCGUGAGAGAGCUUCAGAAUCGUCUAGCAGUGCUCGGUUGUGAGCUGAGAAAAGUACAGGCCAGCAAGAGAACCUAUGAAGUGGCCACGGAAAAAUUACUCCAGUUUGCUGAAACGGUACAUGAAGAUCUGACAGAAAGCCCUAAUGGAACACUCAGCCGUUAUAACAAGGGAGAGAAUGCUAGAAGAGGGACGAAUGGAUUCCGACCUCCUGGUUAUCUUGCCAGACAUAAGGGACCUAUCGACCUUGCAUCGGAGGCUAAGGAGACGGUGAAGGCUGUGAAAGCACUGGUUGAAUCAGAACCUUUACCUCAUGGCUGGGAGGAGGCUUACACAGCCGAUGGAACAAAGUACUUCUUAAAUCAUGUAACUCAGUGUACAACAUGGAUACACCCCCUAUCUGGCGUCAACCAUCUUCCAAGCAUUAAUGAGAGAGAUAGUCUACCAGAGACGAGGACGUGACACACGAUCUUGAAAUCAACAUCUACAAAGAAUGUCUGGUGUGAACAGUUAUUGGUAGUCAUGUGGGGUAUGAUCCAAAAGAGACGGAGGAUUUGACACCUAACUCUUCAUAAACACCCUCCAAAUUGUAGUUAUGAUCUUGCUAGUAUUCAUGAUAGUGAUGGCUGCCAGGAUUUGCAUUUGACACUUGUCAUUGUUUACACUUUCCAUCAGGUGUUAACCAUAUUCUCAAUAUUAAUGGGGUCGAUUUCUAGGCAGACAA